AUGGCGAUGGCGGCGAGGAGGGGGGCGACGGCGAACAGGGGGCAGCUGGUGGGGAUCCUCAGGGGGUUCUCAAGCUCCUCGUCGGUGGUAGAUUCCUGGCAGAAGAACAAGGAGGGGAUUGCGGGGGGGAAGCCCCUCAAUCUCUUCUCCGCCAUCAACCAGGCACUCCAUAUCGCCCUGGAAACCGAUUCCCGGUGAGCUUGCUGUCAUGAAAUUCUCCCAUACAGUGCUUCAACCCGUAUUUCGUCUCUGGAAUUGUUUGAUCCACUUCUUUUCUCCUUGGACAUGGAAUGUGAUUUUAUCUCGGAAAAUAAUGACACGCUUGGAGGAUGGCGCCAAUGGGAGAGGGUCUGUUAAAACUUUUGGGAUCUGGAGAGCAGAUUGUCAAACUACGUCCUAUGUAAUUCACUAAAUGUUAUCAGUGCGUGGUAAAUGAUAAAAUUAAACAAAAUACGUAUAUAACAAAAAAAUACGUAUUGAAGUAUCCGGGAAUAGUACUAACCGACGCGGAAUUUAAUUUCCUGGGCGUUUCUGGCUUCAUCUUAUUAGGCCAAGGACAGUGACGGAGCAGAGCUGGGUUUAUUAGUUUUUAAUUAUUUUAACCACCUUCCACUGAAAGAGUGUAGAUUUUCAUCCAGUUUAACUCAUUUUUCGCGUACCUUAUAAGUAGCGCUCACCUAAAUUUCUCUUCAGCUUUUCCGUGGCCUUAUAAACAACCUGCUCCCAUCUUCCGCUCUCUGCUUUACUGUAUUGUUAGUAAGUGGAGUAUACAUCCGUUAAGCUUCUUAAAGAGGGAGGCUUUGCAGUGCGUAUGUAUUUGGUGAGGACGUGAGUUUUGGCGGGGUCUUUCGCUGCACUACAGGCUUGGUGGAAAGAUUUGGCAGGAAGAGGGUUUUCAACACCCCCUUAUGUGAACAGGUAAUUUACUCCUUUCUUCUUGUUAUAUGCUUAUUAUGUUAGUAUUUCCUCUUAUUAAUUUAAGAGGGAGAGAAACCAAACAUUGGCUGGGAUUUAAUCGCUGUAGUUUUUUUAGGUUAAUGCAUGAAGGAUAUGCUCAAACUUACUGCUCCCAUGAAAUAUAUUGAUCCAGGUUAAUUGAUUUUUAUGAUCAUCAUUUAUAAUCAAAUCGGUAACGAGAGUAAAUCUAAUUCAAUUAUCUCAUUUAUCAGUUCAUCACCAUAAUUAAUCUCAGUUCUAGCAUGAAAUAUUUUGAUACAGCCUGACUCUCUAUUGUCAUUUUAUUACUGAUAUAAAUUCAGGGAAUUGCGGGGUUUGCUGUUGGUCUGGCUGCAAUGGUGAGGAUCUUACACUGCAGUAUGACUGACUCUUUCUAUGUUUUUGACGAAGAGAGAGUGUUUUCUCUUUCUGUUGGUGAUUCAUGGACCUGUGUUUUUAUUUUUUUUGUGGCAGGGAAAUCGAGCAAUUGCUGAGAUUCAGUUCGCAGAUUACAUUUACCCUGCGUUUGAUCAGGCACGUUCUUUCCUUUUUCAUAUUACAAGUCUCUUGCAUCCACUAUUUCUGUUUGCGUUCCCUUCUUUUAGUAUGCACUUCCUCUUACAAUUAUUCCUGUAAUUAUUUGCAUGUUAUCAUGGGAUAUGAAAAUAUAUACGUAGCUAAGCUAUAGCAUCCGUAUAUUGCUGAGAAAUUUCUCAUUUUAAAUCUAUUCAGAUAUGAUUUGAUGACAUGGAUUAUGUUAUUUUCCAGUCUGAUAAAUUAUCUCAGCGGAAUACCGUAUAUUCUUGAAUGUUUCAAUUUUUUUCUCUGGUGCAUUUGUUGUUCAGAGGGGUGGCAUUAAUUUUUUUUCAUUCGGGUGGUGGAGUGAGUACCUUGGAAACUUGUUAACCUCCAAAAACUAAAAUAUAUCGAGUGAUCUUGAAAGGUUUGAAAUAUUCCUCUGAUCUGUCAGUUCUGAAGUGAGUCGAUGAAUUGCCAAUGGAAUUUGGGAUUUAUUGUCUGCUUCUGUAGUUGCUACCUCUUAGUCAUCUCUUGAAAGCUUUUCGAAAAGAAAAAUAGUCUGAAAUGUGCUUGGUCUACCGGAGAGGCAUGUCUUUUAUGACCUUUGCUAAAAUCAGAGGAAAAGCUGAGGGAAACGAAAGAAGAAUAAUAUAUCAUUACUUUCUCCUCCCUCAAUGCUGUAUCCUCAAGAAAAACCAAUAAAAUAAUAUUUUUUUCUACAUAUUUUACUUUUUCGUAGAAAAAUAUAUCAGCCUAGCGGGCCUUUCCCUCUUGAACCGGCUAACUUGCCUCUGCGCAUAGAAGAGUCAUGUGUAGUAUCAGGCUAGCAUAAAAAUCAUUGUCCAUCUCUUCUGAUAUCCCCCAGGAAUACACAAAAGCUGUAAUCACGAAACUAUGGUUUUUCUUGGAGAACUUUCUUGGUUGUCGUUGACUUUCAAAGCUCUGAGUGCACUUGUUAUUGAAUAUUUGAUAAAUUUUUAAUACAAAUGUCUUCUUUUAAUAUUCGCCUUCCAUGGGUCCACAGAGAUUUCUAUGUUAUUUAUACUUAUUAUUCACCUUAAUAUAUGUAUGUUAGAUGUAUUUCCUUCAUUGCUCAAUAUAACAGAUGGUAAUCUCGGGCAGCCAAGGAGUAUAAGGAAAUAUAGACGAUUUUUUAAUAGGAAAAUGAAUAAUUUAUGCAAGAGCAAACGGCAGUGCACUUCAUUGAAUAAUAAUCUUUUUAAUUAAAAAUGAGACUACCUCCCCAUUCUUUAGAACAGUUCAUUCCAUCGUUACAUUAUUAUCUUAACACUGAGUUGUUCAACAUUGAAGGAGUCGACUUUUUGGCAAGGAAUAGAAGCUUUAUGAUCAUCAUUUUCUCAUCCGACCAUGGUUUUCCUGCUGUGCAGAUUGUUAACGAGGCAGCAAAAUUCAGAUACCGAAGUGGGAACGAAUUCAACUGCGGAGGUGUGCUUUGUGUUCUUGCAGCUUAAUUAUCUAUGCCCAUUCUGUCAUCGUGGAUUAAUGAUUUUAAUUUUAAUUUUAAAUUUUUUAGGUAUCACAAUUAGGACCCCUUAUGGAGCUGUUGGCCAUGGUGGGCAUUAUCACUCACAAUCCCCGGAGGCGUUCUUCUGCCAUGUUCCUGGGCUCAAGGUCAGAGUCAACCUUAUAUCUUCAGAAUUUUUUCUUUUGACUUCUCUCUCUAGGAUGUGGUUAAUCAUCAACACAUCCAGUGAAUGAAAUCAGAGCUUUAAGUAUCCUUCGACUUACCAUCAUCGCGGUGAUUGACGAAUUUGAUCAAUCUUUCAUGCCACUAAUGGAAACACAGGUCGUCAUCCCCCGGAGCCCCAGUGAGGCGAAGGGACUGCUGCUGGCGUGCAUAAGAGAUCCCAACCCUGUCAUAUUUUUCGAGCCCAAGGUGGGAACUUUUCAUCAACCUCUACUAAAAGUCAACCCCCGAGUCCCUCUUUCACCAUGAUUUUCGUGGCUCCCUCUGCAGUGGCUCUACCGGCUGGCCGUCGAGGAGGUCCCUGACCACGACUACAUGCUUCCCCUAUCUCAAGCCGAAGUAACUGAAUGAAUAAAUAAAUAAAUGAUUAUUUACUUAUUUAUUUCCUUGGUUAGGAAUUGGGUAUUUGUCAUAUCCUCUGAUCAGGUGAUGCGGGAAGGAACAGAUAUAACGCUCGUCGGCUGGGGGGCUCAGCUCCUGGUGAUGGAGCAAGCUUGUGAGAUUGCAGAAAAGGUGGCUUUUUCUCAUCGAGAUUCUGGUCAAGAUUGUCAUUAAAUUCGCCAAACUUUGGUUGUGGGGGCGAAAUCAGCAAAGAUUAUAUGGUAUGAUUAUAUAUAAUCUAUUGGGACAACUGCAGGAAGGGAUCUCCUGUGAGCUUAUCGACCUGAAGACGCUGAUUCCAUGGGACAAGGAGGCCGUCGAGGUCUCUGUGAACAAGACCGGGCGACUGCUGGUGAGUGGGCCCUUCAUGGAGUUGUUGCAGAUUCUGAGGUUUCGGUGGGUUGACUUCUGUGGGGGUUGACUGGCGGCAGGUCAGCCAUGAAGCUCCAGUGACUGGAGGGUUUGGCGCGGAAAUUGCUGCUUCUGUGGUUGAAAACUGCUUCCUGAGGGUAAUCUCUUGCCCCCAUCUUCUCUUGGUUUUCGGUUCAUUUAUUUAUUUAUUAAUUAUUACUAUUAUUGUUAUUAUUUGCUGUCGCAGCUGGAAGCACCGGUGGCGAGAGUUUGCGGGCUUGAUACACCGUUCCCUCUUGUUUAUGAGCCCUUCUACUUGCCAACGAAGAACAAGGUGCCUCUCUCUCUCUCCCCCUCUCUGCACCCCAUCCCUUGGUUUCUUCCUCUAUCUGUCCUACGCCUUUCUGUCUUAUCAACGAAGCCUUCAACUUCUCAGUAGAGAACAAGCUCUCUCUCACUCUCUUUCCCUCCUCUGUCAUACCCAUUUCCUUCUGGUUCAUGAACUAUUCGACUCGUUAACAAAGAACAAGAUCCCCCCCUCUCCCUCCCUCUCUCUCUGUUUCUAUGUUUCUCUCUCUCUUUUCCUCUCUCCGUCCCUCUCUCUCUGUUUCUUUGUUUCUCUCUCUCUCUCUCUCCCUCCCUCCUCUGUCAUACCCAUUUCCUUCUGGUUCAUGAACUAUUCGACUCGUCAAGAAAGAACAAGAUCCCUCCCUCUCCCUCUCUCUCUCUCUGUUUCUAUGUUUCUCUCUCUCUUUUCCUCUCUCUCUCUCUCUCUCCCUCCCUCCUCUGUCAUACCCAUUUCCUUCUGGUUAUGAACUAUUCGACUCGUCAAGAAAGAACAAAGUCCCCCUUCUCUCUCUCUAUCUCUCUCUGUCUGUAUCUCUCCAUCUCUCCCGAUCUCUCUCUGUUUCUCUCUCUCCACUGUUAACCAAGCGUGUGCCGUCGAUUCACCUGCAGAUUGUAGAUGCAAUCAAAGCGACGGUGAAUUACUGA